AGACUGAUUUUCUGCAGUUAUGAGUGGUUCAUCUUCCAAACAACCUGCGAAUUGUCUGUGUGGAAUCACGCGAGCACGUUUAAGGAACACCAAAAAAUUUGAGUGCUUGGAAAUUUCAGAGAAGUCGUUAUCUUUGAAACCAAGAAUGCCCAAUAUAAAGGUAUUCAGCGGCACUUCGCACCCUGAUUUGGCCCAAAGAAUAGUUGAUAGACUUGGAAUUAAUUUGGGUAAGGUGGUCACGAAAAAAUUCAGCAAUUCAGAAACAUGUGUGGAAAUUGGAGAAUCUGUCAGGGGAGAAGAUGUUUAUAUUGUACAAUCAGGCUGUGGCGAAGUAAAUGAUAAUUUGAUGGAACUUCUGAUUAUGAUAAAUGCAUGUAAAAUAGCUUCAGCUAGUCGAGUAACUGCUGUCAUACCAUGUUUUCCUUAUGCUAGACAAGAUAAGAAAGACAAGCCAUCGAACUCUAAAGAACUCAAAGUGGAAAAAUGGAAAGAACUUGAAUGGAAAUACAGGAGUCGAGCUCCUAUAUCAGCAAAGCUUGUUGCUAAUAUGUUGUCAGUAGCUGGAGCAGAUCACAUUAUGACAAUGGAUUUGCAUGCUUCUCAAAUCCAAGGUUUUUUUGAUAUUCCAGUUGAUAACCUUUAUGCUGAACCUGCUGUUUUAAAAUGGAUCAGAGAGAAUAUCUCAGAAUGGAGAAACAGUAUCAUAGUUUCACCUGAUGCAGGUGGAGCUAAAAGAGUGACAUCUAUUGCUGAUAGACUGAAUGUGGAAUUCGCCCUUAUCCACAAAGAGAGAAAGAAGGCCAAUGAAGUAGCUUCAAUGGUAUUGGUAGGAGAUGUCAAAGAUAGAGUAGCUAUUUUAGUAGACGAUAUGGCAGAUACUUGUGGAACAGUUUGCCAUGCUGCCGAAAAAUUAAGGGAAGCUGGUGCAACCAAAGUAUAUGCCAUUUUAACCCAUGGCAUAUUUUCUGGACCUGCCAUAGCAAAUAUUAACAAUGCUUGCUUUGAAGCAGUGGUUGUUACGAAUACAAUUCCUCAGGAUGAACACAUGAAAGACUGUCCCAGAAUACAGUGUAUAGAUGUAUCUAUGAUAUUUGCCGAAGCAGUUCGAAGGACACAUAAUGGAGAAUCUGUAUCAUUCUUGUUCUCAAACGUUCCCUAUUAAUUUAAGCCGCGAAAGACUAGCUAGUGAAAUUCUUUUUUCCUUUAAUCAUUUCAAAGUAAGGUUAAUUUUUGACCUAUGAUUUUUACAAUCAUAUUUUUAUUGAUUGAUACAUAUUUUGUUCUUUUACCAAUUGAAUUUUGAGUAUCUUACUUAUACAUGAAUUCUAUCGAAAUGUUUAUUGGGGAUAAAAUAUAUCAUAUUGUUAUUUCAUUUCAUUGCAAUAAUAAUGUAUCCUUAAAUUUACUAUUGUUAUUGUUAGAAUUUCAACUAGAAUUUUUUUUUAAUAUAUAAAAUUUGAAAGGUG